AUGUACCCUUUCCCCGUCUGCCACGCGUACGACGGGUACUCCAUGGUCGACCUCGCGAAUAUCGACUACGUCAAGUACCCGAGAAUAGUAGACGUGCGAGGCGACGUCGCGGUGUGUCGCCCCGGGGACGUGCUCUUCGUCCCGGACGGCUGGUGGCGGCACGAGCAAGGCCUGAGCGGCGACGCGUGCGGGAACGCGCACGUGGACGUACGCGUGGCGACGGGCGCGCGACCGCGGACGCGCGCGUGCGCGACGCUCGCGGUGGGACGCGUCGUGGAGCAGCGAAUCACGCGGGAGGAGGGCGCGAAGGACGCGCGGCGGUGGUUAGAGGUUGUGAAAAACGCGGAGGAGGCGGAGUGGUUGGACCUCGGGACCGUGGAGGGACAGCGGCGGAUCGACACGGCGCAGGUGCUCAGGGACGAGAUCGACAUCGGCUUACCGCCGCCGCCGCCCGCCGCGGACGAUACAAAAAACGGCUCAAAAACGGGGGUCACGACGACGGCGACGCUGAAUAAGAAGCGGAAACACGCCCGCGCGCGCGGCAGAGGACGGUGGCCGUCGUUCCUCGCCGACCUGAUCGACGGACGGAUGCUUCCCACGGACUGGCUCAACGACGACUUCGUCGAUCCGCUGCUGUUAUCCGAAGCCGAGGCGGCGAUGAAAAAGGCUGCGUUGACCGGCGAAGACGACGCGAACGAAACCACCAGUCGACAGCUCGCGACGGUGAAGACGCCGAGCGACGCCGACUUCGCGAUCGCGCUGCCCGACGGCGGCGUGCUGACGCGUCGAGCCAAAAUUUUGAAGGACGAUCGCGAGGCGUACGAGCGCGCGCACCCAGAGUUUUUUGUGAACAAGCUCCGGGAUAAGGGCUGGGACGCGAAGUACACGCCGAUGUCGGUGUUGAACCCGGAUCACCCGGACUUCAUCGGGAAGAAACCGCCGAACCCGAUGAAGAAGUAG